CAUUUUUUUUUCUCUCUCGCGAGCUUUGUUUCGGUGUGGCGGAACACUUCGAAAUCUCGAAACUCCCAUUCGUUGUCUUCACAACGAAAAUACCCUGAAAACGUGUACUUGUCGCAUGUAAACAAGCCCUGUCUGGAGAGUACUUUCAUGGCAUCUCCAGCUGGGUUACAGGCUCAGCAGUGCCAAACAAACUUCCUCGCCCGAUGGAUGCCAAGCAGCUCUCGUGCCGUGGUUAUCCUGAACCACUCCCUAGACCUGGCUGAGUCUCUUCGACAUAGCUCUGUCUGGGGGUCCCGGGACGUGGACGAUUCAUUCGCCUCUCAAUUCCUUUGCCUCAGUGUAAAUUCCCUCGUCCAUGAUGCUGAGUCUGGGACAGAAUUGAGCAAACAGAACCAGCGACCUGGGGAUAGGCCUUUGUCUGAAAGACAGUUUGCUGGACUGCAGACAGCGGCGUCUCAAGGGUUGACGUUACCUGGAGAGAUGGACAGUAUGGAGAAGUUGGUAAAGCAGUCUCAGGACCUACCCCGGAUACUCGAACUUGAACAGCUGAGGCAGUGGCAGCAGCACAUGCAGGAGCAACUGAAAGCCCACCAGCUGGAGGAGCUGGUCCGUCUCCAGGAGGAGCAACAGAGGCUAUUGGGCAUGGUGCAUGUGGCUCAACAGGAUGGAGCAGAUUACAUAGAGACCUCCAGGUUGACGGGAGCAGACUGGAGAGAGGGCACUCUAUUGGGAGACGCCCCCCUCUCUCAAAGUUCCCCAACAGCCCAGAGCUUCCCUAUAGGCCCCCCACAAGGGCCUGCGUCUUCCCAGCUUUGGAGACAGGGGCCUACCUUCCAACAGCCUCCAAGGGGCCAGGAGCAGGAGGGAGAGGAUCAGGACCGAACACUGGGUUGGAAAAGGACAGAAGCAUGGAGCAGUCCACACAAACAUCAGCUGAGUGGGAAUGCUGAUCAUAUGGGUGAUAAUGAGAUGGAAGAAGUCAUGUUAUCCUCCCAUUCUACUCCCUCUAUGACUGAAGAAUGCAAAGCAUACAGAGGAGAUGACAGUGAACUAGACUCACAGGACAGACCCAUUAAACAAGGAAUAGAGGGGCAGAAGCAGACGUUUGAGGAGCUCCUGGAGGAAGAGCUGAGACUGGAGGAGCAGAGACUGAAGACCACCCAGCAGCAGCAGAGCCCAGAGGCAGUUGAAGGUGCCAUUCCCAAAAGGGUCUUCCUGAGGCAAGGGGAGGGCCUCUCCAGAUUCACCAAUAGAAGCAAAGCCCCAUUACCCAACAGACAGAGACCCCAAAAAGACCCCAAACCCCAGGGGACCUUAGAACCCAAUCCCACCCAGAGGGUCAGUCAGUGGCCUCCCAUACAGCGCAAGACUGCUGUGCUCAACAAGGCGAAUAGACCCAGAGAUCCCUGCUCACCCCCCCUGGACAGUGGCAGUCCAGACAGCAAGGCAGCGCAGCCAGAGGAAGUGAGACCCGGAGUCCUGGGCAGUCACCACAGACAGAACAUGGCGACACCUGACCUUCUGAGACCUAGGGAUGUGAUUAGUAAUAAGGUGGGUGGGACUUCUCAGCCUGUGAGUAGAACUCCUGCAGCUGCAAUUAAACAGUUUGGGCUUGAGGAGAGGACUGGGGCCCUGCAGAGGAAUGGAAGUGGUCCAUUGAGACUAGAUGGAGCAGCAGAGGGAAAACCAGGCGUUGUUUCAGAGUAUUCCUUUGAGCUGUCGUUUCAGGAGAAGCUGCAGCGCUGGGACUAUGACCGUCACAAGGAGUGUGUGGAGCUGGGAGAGUUUGAGCUGCUGGAGCGGGCAGCCAAGGAGCUCUCUUUCUCCUCCAACUCAUCCUUCGUCAUGAAGGUGCUGCAGUUGGACCAGCAACACCCCCUCCAUGGCAGCUGGGGGCGCCACCCGCGACGCCUGUCCUCCACUCCAAUCAAAUCCCCCAAACCCUCACCAACUAAAGGUAUUCACAGCGGAGGCACCAGUAAAAGUGGCCUAGGAACAGGGACCAGCUCCUCUGAAUCAUCAGGAGUAUCUGCUGUGAGGGCAAAGGAGGUUGUGAUGAGGGAAAAAGGAAAAGCCACUGAGGAGGAAGAUGAAAUGAGUGACUGCAAACAACAUGAGGAAAUCUGUAUCUCGUUCCACAGAAGCUCUGAAUUCGGGGAUCAGGAGGAAGUAGCCCGACUGCCGUACCAAACUAUAUUUCCCAGCAACCCCUGGGAAAACACGCUCCCCACAUCCAACCCUCCAUACGACAAGAGUUCAUAUCAGGACAGAGAGGGGGGCUUAGGCCAGGCAGAGGGGGGCAGGGAGAGUGACCUUGAUGACUCCAUCCUAUUGGAGGACAGAGAAGAGGGGGACCACAAGGGUCGGUUGGUGUUUGAUGACGAUGACACCUGGAAUGACCUGGAGGAGGCUGGCAGAAUCGUUGAGGACCCCAUCAGAACAAAAGGCGCUGCUACAGGAAACAGCCACACUCUCACAGUAACAGGGAACGACGUCUCAUCCCCAGAGAGGACGCUGAAGAGAAAGGUGGCUGUGGCCAAAGGGGCCGAGCUGGAGAGGGUGUCAAUUAUCACAGCAGCCAACCAGGAGCCAGAUUCUCCUCCCGCCUCCCAGCUUAUGGCCAGGCUGUUCCCCUCGCUGAAGCCCAAGACCCAGGCCCCCCCUCCACCAGAGCCUAGGAAGUCUGAGAACGGACCAGGCCAGCAGCUGCAGUCCAGCCAGCUGAGGGAGAGAGAACGAUUCAGGACAGAGAACGCUGCCCUGGCCAGACUCCGACUGGAGAACAAAAAUAACCAGGAAUAUCUCAGGAAGGAGAGGGCAGAGUUUGAGCAGCAGAAGGCUGAGGAGCUGGCCAGGUUUGAAGAUUUCAAGAGGGAGGAGACUAAGAAGCUGCAGAAGGAACGCAAGGUGUUUGAGAAGCACACCGCCGCCGCCAGGGCCAUACCAGACAAGAGGGAGCGCGACGAGAUCCAGGCCCUGAAGCAGCAGCUGAGUUCCCUACACAAGGAGCUGAAGUGGAGAGAGAGCCGCUGGUCCACCACACACAGCCGUCUCCGACAGCAGAUAGACUCCCUGAGCUCAGACAACAGUGCCCUGAGAGACGAGGUCCGCACCCUGGAGAAACUACGCCUCAGCACCUGGAGGAAGACUGGGACAGACAGCGACAGAGAGGAAGACAGGCGGGAGAAUGAGAGGGAGGGACCCAGGCCAUUCGACAGCAACAUUGCUCUUGGAGCCAGGGGCCUCAAAUCGGCAUGUGUUCAGAGUCCUGACACAGUGAGGAGCAGCCCACCACAGAGCAGUAGCUCCUCUAGAGGCAGUGCUGCUAUUGAAGACGGUAUCAGGGGCAUCCUAAAGAGGUCAGCCCCUACACCAGCCGCAGCACCCGAUCCCAGUUACAGCUCAGACGAACAACCAUCUUUGACCAGAAGUCACCACCCACCACAGAGCCACGACCACUCACACAACCUAUCCCCUAGGGCUCCAGGUCUGCAGACUGAGUCCACAGAGGUCAACGAGCAGCAAGAGCUAAGUCAGGAUGUCAUCAUUCACCGUGAUGGAAAGAUGGAGAGGGUGCUGGCCUGUGGAGGGAGACUCAUCAUCUUUCCCAAUGGGACCAGGAAGGAGGUGUUAGCGGACGGACUGACAGCCAAAGUCACCUUCUUCAACAGGGAUAUCAAGCAGGUUAUGGCCGACCAGAGAGUGAUCUACUACUAUGCUGAUGCCCAGACCACUCACACCACCUAUCCUGACGGCAUCGAGGUUCUGCAGUUCCCCAACAACCAGACUGAGAAGCAUUUCCCUGAUGGCCGUAAGGAGAUCACGUACCCUGACCAGACAGUUAAGAACCUGUAUCCAGAUGGGACGAUCAUACAAGUUAACCUGGAUGGCAGUAAGGAGAUCCAGUUCAACACAGGCCAGAAGGAGGUCCACACAGCAGACUAUAAAAGGAGGGAGUACCCAGAUGGCACUUUGAAGACGGUCUAUACAGAUGGCAGACAGGAGACCCGCUACACCACCGGACGCCUCAGAGUCAAAGACAACGACGGCAACGUUGUCAUGGACAACAGGCCCUAGGACUGUUUACGCUAAGGCUGAAUCACAGUUGAGUUUCGAAGUUUAGUUUAAUGUGGUGCGAGUGUUUUAUUUGUAAAAUAAAUGUUUAUCAAAUCCCUGUG